CGUAGGUUGCUCGAAGUGUGUCGAAGUGACAAACAUACAUCUUAUUCUUCCCAAAACCCGGAUUACAUUCGCUUCAAACAUUAUCUUCAAGAAGGUAAAGAUGUUAGGGCGAAAACAGAGCCUGAAAGGGGAGCCAGUUCUGGCGGAUUAUGGCCCCGAAGAAUCCUUAAACGAAAGCGCCGAUAUAGAAUGGGUUAAUAAGCUAUGGGUCAGAAGAAUAUUAAGGCUCUGUGCGCUUUUAAGUUUGAUGUCUGUAUCCAUCAAUACACCAAAGUCAUUUGAGAGAUACCCCUUUCUUCAGACUGUGACAUUUGCAGUUGACUGCUGUGUCACACUUUUAUUUACAGCUGAAAUGAUUGCCAAAAUGCACAUCAGAGGGAUCCUCAAGGGUGAUGUAGCAUACCUAAAGGACCACUGGUGUCAGUUUGAUGCUUCCAUGGUAUUCUUCCUCUGGGUAUCUGUACUCUUACAAAUGUUUGAGUUGACUGGAAUAGUGCCAAGAUAUAGCUACCUAAGCAUACUGAGGGCCCCCAGACCCUUGAUUAUGAUUCGUUUUUUGAGAGUUUUUCUCAAAUUUUCUAUGCCAAAGUCUAGGAUCAACCAAAUAUUCAAGAGAUCUAGUCAACAGAUUUACAAUGUGACUCUGUUUUUCUUAUUCUUUAUGUCACUGUAUAGUUUACUUGGUGUACAAUUUUUUGGAGAACUCACUCAUCACUGUGUUAGAAACAGUACAGAUCCGGGUGAGGUAACAAUUAAUUCAUUAGCUAUACCUGACACCUUCUGCUCUCCCGACCCAGGCUCUGGGUAUCAGUGCCCAGCUGGGAUGAAAUGCAUGAAACUCAACCUCUCCAAAUACAUCAUGGGCUUCAAUGGAUUUGAAGAAUUUAGUACAAGCCUUUUUACUGUGUAUCAGGCAUCAUCUCAGGAAGGUUGGGUAUUCAUAAUGUAUAGGGCUAUUGAUUCCUUACCUACUUGGAGAUCUGCACUAUAUUUCAGUACAAUGAUAUUCUUCUUGGCUUGGCUAGUGAAGAAUGUUUUCAUUGCUGUUAUUACUGAAACGUUUAAUGAGAUCAGGGUACAAUUUCAACAAAUGUGGGGAGUGAGGAACCCUAUAACUAAAGGGAGUACCACUCAGUUCUUCACUGGUGAUGAUAAUGGAUGGAAACUUGUUAUGAUUGAUGAAAAUAAACAUUCUGGUAGUGCUCCUGAAAUAUUGCACAAAAUGCUGCGCUCAGCGUAUUUUCGCCUCUUAGUUAUGGGUGUCGUAUUGGCCAAUGGUGUGAUCACAGCCACAAUGGAUUUCAAGCACGAUGGGCACCCCCGACAUUACUUUUACGAAAAAUAUUAUUACAUUGAGAUAGCUUUCACAAUAUUCUUAGACCUAGAGGCGUUACUGAAGAUAUGGUGUUUAGGCUGGAAAGGAUACUUCAAACAUUCCGUUCAUAAGUUUGAGUUGCUACUGGCGAUUGGUACCACCAUUCACAUUAUACCACAGCUAUACAUGUCUGGAUUUACUUAUUUUCAGGUAUUAAGAAUAGUACGAUUGAUAAAAGCGUCUCCACUACUCGAAGGUUUCGUGUACAAGAUCUUUGGACCUGGAAAGAAGCUCGGGAGUCUUAUUAUAUUUACCAUGUGCUUGCUUAUUAUCAGCUCUUCUAUAUCGAUGCAACUGUUCUGCUAUUUAUGCGAAUUCACGAAGUUUGAGACAUUUCCUGAGGCUUUCAUGUCUAUGUUCCAAAUAUUGACGCAAGAAGCAUGGGUGGAGGUUAUGGACGAGACGAUGGUGCGGACUAGCCAAACGUUAACACCAUUGGUGGCCAUCUACUUUAUACUGUACCAUCUGUUCGUAACAUUGAUCGUGCUGUCACUUUUCGUAGCAGUAAUCCUUGACAAUUUAGAAUUGGACGAGGACAUAAAGAAACUUAAACAGCUCCGGUACCGGCAGCAAAGCGCAGAGAUCAAAGAAAGCUUGCCCUUUCGUCUUAGAAUAUUCGAGAAAUUUCCCGACAGUCCGCAGAUGACCCGACUCCAUAAAGUACCUGGUGACUUUAACUUGCCUAAGGUUCGGGAAUCUUUCAUGCGACAAUUCGUCUGCGAAUACGAUGGUGAGGAGAAAAUCGGUGUCAUUCGAGCUGUGAAAGCAGCCGCGGAGCCUGCCCCGGACGUAUCACGACGUGCAUUCGAGUACAUAGGCGAACACAAAAUUUCGUUCCCCUACCGCAAACGAUGCGUGUUAAGACACUUAUUGACCAAAGUACAGCCUCCGUCACAUCGUCCUGCUAACUCGCUUAGGAACGGUGUUAUUGCGUCUAUCAUUGAAGAUUCGAAGAAUCAUCGUCGAGUGGUGCUAGGUGACUCGGCGAUGCUGGGCCCCGGUGGCAAGUCGGGGUUGAAACCGCAGGGAACCAUCAGCAGUGCGAAACAGUUGCGUGUCGAUCAAAAGAAGUUUGGAUCGCGAUCUAUACGGCGUUCGGUGCGCAGUGGAUCUAUUAAAUUGAAGCAAACGUAUGAGCACUUUCUUGAGAACGGAGACAUCGGCGCUGCGUCCCGAGUAGUGCCUUCAUCUCGUGCGAGACCGCCUUACCUUGAUAUUCGACUAUUGCAGGCUAAAAGGCAACAAGCGGAAAUGCGUAGAAAUCAACGGGAAGAAGAUCUAAGAGAGAAUCAUCCACUAUUCGAUACACCAUUGCUGAUAGUGCCACGCGAAUCGCGGUUCAGGAAGAUAUGUCGCGCCAUAGUUGAUGCUCGUUACGAUGCUCGUCUUAGAGACCCUGUUACGGGCAAUGAGAGGAAGGUCCACUAUAAAAGUUUCCACAAUUUCCUCGGCCUGGUGACGUAUUUGGACUGGGUGAUGAUAAUGGCGACCACGCUAUCCUGUUUCUCUAUGAUGUUCGAAACGCCUACCUACAGGGUUAUGGAAAAUUCUGUUUUACAGAUUGCCGAGUACGGUUUCGUGAUUUUUAUGAGUUUGGAAUUAGCGCUAAAAAUCUUAGCUGAUGGGUUAUUCUUCACACCUAAAGCGUAUCUGAAAGAUGCUGCUUCAGUUCUGGAUGUUUUCAUUUAUAUAGUAUCGCUAACGUUUUUGUGUUGGAUGCCCCGCCGCGUACCGCCCGGCUCAGCAGCCCAAAUGCUAAUGUUCCUCCGUUGCGUACGUCCGCUGCGGAUCUUCACACUCGUUCCGCACAUGCGCAAAGUCGUCUACGAAUUGUGUCGAGGCUUCAAGGAAAUCUUGCUGGUAUCGACUCUGUUAAUCUUACUCAUGUUCGUAUUUGCGAGUUAUGGUGUACAGUUAUACGGUGGACGUCUGGCACGCUGUAACGAUCCCACUAUUCUGAACCGGUCAGAAUGUGUCGGUGUGUUCAUGCGUCGAGUGUUCGUAACGAAGAUGAAACUAAAGCCUGGGCCUAAUGAGACUUUUCCUUCUAUGCUAGUUCCUAGAGUAUGGGCAAACCCAAAGCGCUUCAGUUUUGACAACAUUGGUGAUGCUCUAUUAACUUUAUUCGAAGUUCUGUCUUUCAAAGGAUGGCUAGAUGUUCGCGACGUUUUGAUCAAAGCUCUAGGACCGGUACACGCUAUCUACAUUCACGUAUAUAUAUUUUUAGGCUGCAUGAUUGGGCUUACUUUGUUCGUCGGCGUAGUGAUUGCCAACUAUUCGGAGAAUAAGGGCACUGCUCUCUUGACUGUUGACCAGCGAAGAUGGUGCGAUUUGAAGAAGAGAUUGAAAAUCGCUCAGCCUCUGCAUUUGCCGCCUCGACCGGACGGUCGGAAAAUACGCGCCUUCGCAUACGAUGUCACGCAGAAUCUGAGUUUUAAGAGAGUGAUCGCCUUAGUAGUUCUCGUAAACAGUGGACUAUUGGCAGUUACGUGGUCCCGUCUUUCGCCGAACACAGAAACGCUAGCACUAACAUCGGCGAUGUUAACCCUGGUGUUCGUAGUAGAAGUGCUAUUCAAGACGAUAGCGUUUACGCCACGCGGUUACUGGCAAAGCCGUCGCAACAGAUACGACCUACUCGUCACGGUCGCCGGUUGCAUUUGGAUAUUCAUGCAUUUUACCCUAAAGAAUGAUCUGUCAUACUUCGUAGGGUUCAUGGUAGUGAUUCUUCGCUUUUUCACGAUCACGGGCAAGCACACGACACUCAAGAUGCUGAUGCUCACGGUCGGCGUGAGCGUAUGCAAAAGUUUCUUCAUUAUCUUUGGGAUGUUUCUGUUGGUGUUCUUCUACGCACUCGCGGGGACUAUUGUAUUCGGAAAUGUCAAAUACGGGGAAGGGAUCGGAAGACGAGCAAACUUUAACUCGCCGAUCCACAGCGUCGCCAUGUUAUUCCGCAUAGUGACGGGCGAGGACUGGAACAAAAUAAUGCACGACUGCAUGGUGGCACCGCCGUACUGCACACCCGCUGAUAACUAUUGGGAAACUGAUUGUGGCAAUUUCACUGCUUCCAUUGCUUACUUUUGCACAUUUUACGUUAUUAUUACGUAUAUCGUACUCAACUUACUUGUGGGUCAGUAUGUGUUUAUGUUGCAAUGUGGAAAAUCGUUAAUGACAUUUGAAUACUCUCGUAAUUGUGUGACUAUAUUAAGCAUUAGACAGUCAGUUUUCCUAAAAUGUACAAAAAAUAUAAAUGUGUAGGUGAACUAACGUUGAUGUGAUCAACGCGC